AUGCGCGCAAAGGGCAAGCCGACUACAACAUCACAGCCCGCCCCGUCUCCACCGCUGACCAUCGAAGUCGCGGGACAGAAAUACGCCCAGACGACCGAGUUCUGGUACCUCGGUGGCCUCGGCAACGAACAUGGAGACCUCACCCGGGAGAUCAACUACAGGAACAGAGGAGCGUGGGCGUGCCUCAGGCGAUAUGGCCGGGAGCUCUUCGACAGACCGCAAGCGCCAUUCCGACUCAAGAUCCGCCUGCUCCAGGCGAAGGCGAUGGAGGCACUGCUGUACGACUGCAUGACAUGGUCACCACUCAGCGGCCACUAUCAGACGUUGCGAUCGAUGCACCACCAACUGCUCCUUCGAAUUAUCGGGAACAGAGGAGCGUGGGCGUGCCUCAGGCGAUAUGGCCGGGAGCUCUUCGACAGACCGCAAGCGCCAUUCCGACUCAAGAUCCGCCUGCUCCAGGCGGAGGCGAUGGAGGCACUGCUGUACGGCUGCAUGACAUGGUCACCACUCAGCGGCCACUAUCAGACGCUGCGGUCGAUACACCACCGACUGCUCCUUCGAGUGAUCGGGUACAAGCGCAAGAAAGACACCUACCGGCAGCUCUCUUACGCCCAGACGCUGAAGAGGGUCGAAUGCCAGAGCGUUGAAGCCACGAUCCGACAACGACGCCUACUGUUCGCGGGAGCAUUGGCAAGGCAGCCGGACGGGCGACUCCCGAAACGACUGAUGCUCGGCGAACUGGCAGGGGGGGAGAAGCGACGUAGGGGGGGACAGGAACAGAACUGGCCGAAGUGUGUGCUCGACGACCUGAAGGCGUUCGGGGCCGACCACGGGUCUACGAACACCGAUCCAUGUUGUCUAGGAAUCCCGGUACCGAAUGACACGGCACCGAAGUUAAAGUGGACGGAAGCCGCGAAGGUGGAGGGGGAAGUACCCUGGCAUGCGGCGGUGCUGCAGGGAGCUGAGAGGUUCAUGACCUCCUGGCACGAGAAGGAAGAAGAGGCCAGCCGCCAACGGGCGCUCAAACGACACCACAAGCCAGCAAUCAAUGGGGCGGGAGGGGUCAGGAGAUGGGGCAUCCUCUGGCGCCCCGUGGAGGUUCGCAUCGAGAAGUUCGAGCACGUGGUGAACGCCGUCGUUCGCCUGCACAACUUCUGUCGGGAUCGAAAGGUGGACGUCCCCACGGAGAACACGGGGUCUGCGAUUCCUCCGACCGAGGUUGCUUUUGACGACGACUGCCUCAUCAGCAGCGACUACUUUGAGACCGUUCCAGUGCGUACCGGGCGCCCGGUGAAGGAUCAGGCUAAGGCGUCGAAGCCGAGGGAGGCCAUCCGCAAGGAGCUGGAGGUGNAUAGAAAGGUGGACGUUCCCACGGACAACACGGGGUCUGCGAUUCCUCCGCCCGAGGUCGCUUUUGACGGCGACGGCCUCAUCAGCAGCGAAAACUUGGAGACCGUUCCAGUGCGUACCGGGCGCCCGGUGAAGAACCAGGCUAAGGCGUCGAAGCCGAGGGAGGCCAUCCGCAAGGAGCUGGAGGUGGCCGGCUUGAUGAGGCCAGAGCACAACAUCGCCAGGAGCCACAAACGCGCAAGUUAG